AUGCAAAUCGAGAUGCACACAAACCAGGUUACGAGCUUACCAUGGUUGACGACGGGAGAUGUACUCAGGAUUCACCGGGCUAAGGUCAUGCGUUAUGGCUCGGUGAGGAACACUACUAGGCUCGCCCAUAAUGGGAAAGAGAUGACCAGUGUGACUGUGGUACCGAUUACGGAACAUAACACGCAGCGAGAUUAUCAGCCGGGGAUUGUGUAUAAUGUUAGGAAGUAUCCCGUUGGGCCCAAUACGGGCGAAAUAUUCGAGGAAACUAAGAAGUUGCAUGUCUUCGCUGCAGAGGCUUUAAAGAGGCAGUCGUUGAAGGCGCCCGAGGACAGCUCUACCAUAAUUGGACGUGUUUCUAAUAUCGAAAAGGCUAGCGAUCGAUUUCAUGUCAGUACUGUUACGGAUGAUAAUGAUGAUCCUCAGUUGAGGGAAGUUACUAUUCUGGUGCGAAGUCCGGCGCAAGCGAUGGGGAAGGCUUUUCUAUUUCACCAUUUACGCUCUGGUGAUUGGGUGAUGAUUGAGGAGAUGGAGAUGUACAACGAGAAAUGGAACUCGUAUGUUGCACCGAUCGGUCGAAUCACUCGAAUACCGGAGUGGAGCUUUGACGUACAAAACACGGUUGCUCUCAUGAAAAAAGCGGAGGCUGAUAACCUGGCCGAACAGCUUGAGGAACUUGUGGAACCGGCUGCAGAGAGCAGUGUUGAAAACGAGCAGCCGCGACAGAGUUUUAAUGAUGAUGACUAUGCCUGGACGCAAGAGCUAGAGAGGCUGCCCGUGGGGAGAUCAGAGAUGGACAAAGCCAUUGAGCAGGGCGGCGUCACAGGUCCUCUGCUGACACAGUCGAGAGAUGGUACGGUUGAGGUUGAUGACGUAUUCGACUUCGUGGAGGAAUGA